GAUUUACUAUAAAUACGGUGCGGUACCGCAUCAUCGACAUCAGUUGCAUACAAAGCACAGCAAAGUUAAAAUCAAAAUAAAGAAGAACUCAGUGUUUAAGAAACGCUAACAACGCAAUUUAACAAGACGAAUAAUAACCAAAGUAGUUUGAAAAACAGUUUGAUAUAAAAACAGUGAAACAUUUUGUGAAUUAUUUUUUUGAGUGAGAAAAGUAAAAAUGUCACUUUUGCCAUACAUUUUGGACGAUUUUUACCCAUCCAGCUACCAUCGUUUUGGAUCGGGUUUUUUUCAACCAAGUGAAUUGCGUCUUUCACCAUUCGAACGCUCGUUGAUUCGUUCUCUUAACAACACCGGCAAUUAUUUGAGAUCGCAAUUGUCGCAUUUUGACGAACUCGAGAAACAAAUGCACAUUGGCAAGGACGGUUUUCAAGUUUGCCUCGAUGUUCAACACUUCUUGCCGAACGAAAUAUCGGUGAAAACGGAAAACAAUUCAAUUGUGGUGCAUGCCAAGCAUGAAGAGAAGCAGGACGACCAUGGUUACAUUUCACGCGAAUUCACUCGACGAUACGAUCUACCGAAUGGAUUCAAACCCGAAGAUGUAACAUCAAGCCUAUCAUCCGAUGGCGUUCUCUCGCUUAAAUGUCCACAGACUCCGGCCGUCGAAGGAUCAAACGUGCGCCAAGUUCAAAUCCAACAAACUGGCCCCGCAAAACAAUGCAUCAAGAGCAAUGAGGAGAAAAAAGAUGAAAUUCCAAAUAAUAAGUAAAUUUUCCAAAUAAUCUGUUGACAUUUUUUUAACGAAAAAAAAUAUGCACAAAUUCCGACUGAAAAACCAGAAAUAAAAAAAAAAAACAAAUCCAUUAAAUUUGUAAUAUUCCUGGUCUCAAUAAAAUCCAAACACAAUCCAUUGAA